AGGUGCUCCAUUAUUUGGGUGUAGAUGUCGGUUAUGGCUCGACACAAUAUCAUGUGCUAAUGAGCAGUGUUGCUUCAGCUCCUUUUUGACUAGCGCCUGCUUCGUUAGGCCUUAAAGGUCAUUACGGACCCCAAAAAGCUGCAACCACACUGCUAUUGUGAACACUGACUUUUUUCCCCUCUGAGUGAAAGACACCUCCGAAUAGGUCCAAGAGCAAAACCAUGUUGAACAGCAUCCUAACAGGAGUACAUGGGGUAUGAGUCCUGCUUGGUGGUGGUGCUGUGAGACUGCGGUGAUCCUUGCAGAAGCACCAACCUCCUUCCUUUCUUCCUCACUAGUAUAAAAUGACUCCUGCUGUUUUUACCUCCUUCACCUUACUGACACUUCCCCAGUGGAUGAUGAUGAAGCUAAAGGAGAUCCGAGUCAUCCGUCUCUCAUCCACCCAAUCAUCCCUCUUUCCCAGUGAUCCUAUAGUCCCUGUACGUUUAAACCAUGUCCCACGUCUGCACUGCUCUAGUUAUUUUUUGUAAUAGUAUUUAUAAUAGAUUUUGUAUUCUUUUGUGCGAUUGGACAAAAUUUGUGUUGAAAGUUUUUGAUAACAAUGAACAAAACCUAAGCCAUCGAUAGGACACCCAGUUUUGUGGUCAGCCUUGAGACCCAGAUUUUAAGUGUGCUGAUGUGUAUCUGCUUUACCUCUGUAAGAUACCCGUGUGUGUGUGUGUGUGUGUUUGGCAGAGUUUGAGAGGCUUUCAAAUAUGCAACAUCUCUGUGUUCUACUUUGGGGGCUUUUUGUUGUUUCCUCUUACUGUGGUUCCUGCGACUCUUUUUCCGUGACUCAGUUUCCGUCCACACUCAAGCUGAACAAAGGAGAAGACCUUCAGAUCAGCUGCAGCUGGAACAUCAGCAUCUUUAGAGCUAAGGUGAAAUGGUUUAAAGACUUCCACCCGGUUAAAUUCAACCAAAGCGACAGACUUGUUCUUACAGAACCCGAAGGCAGCGUCUCGACGUUAGUUAUAAAAUCCUCUGAUGAAAACGACGCAGGGUUUUAUACGUGUGAAGUAACACAAGACAUUCCUCAGCUGCUGAAGAGAAACGGAACAGGGACAGAUGUCACGUAUGAGACAGAGGAUGUGUUUCCAUCAGAGCUGGUAACUACCAUCAGACCAGUUUCUACCUCCUCACCCAGUACACCACAGCCUGUGACUACAACCACCAAACCAGUUCCUGUGGCCUCAACCAGAACCCCACAUACAAUCUACAGAGGUCCUGCUGAAGAAGUUAAUGAAAACGGACCCAUCAUUUUUGCAAUCCGUUGUGUGCCCUUCGUCACUCUACUGCUGGCCGUCUGCUUUCUUAACAGCUACAAAACAAAUAAACCUCCAAAAAGAUCAGCAGGAAAGCAAGCCUUGGCGGUGGAGGAGAAUGAACAAAAGGGACAAGAACAUCGGGAACAAGACAGAAAAGAAGAAAAGAAAAAUGAACAGCUAGGACAGGAAAGAGGAGCGGAAACUGAACAUGAAUUAACAGCAGAGGAAAGAGAAGUGAAAGAGAGGACUGAAACAGAACAGGGAAGAGAAGUGGAAGUGGUGAAUGAAAUAACGGGCAAGAAUGAGACUUGAGAAAGAAGACCUGGAUGAACGUGUUGAAUAGUUUAUGAAUAAGCUGAUUUAUGGAAGCCCUUCGGUUCUGCAUGCUAGAAAUCAUCAAGCAGAAGGAAAGUCAGGCAAUGCACAAGCUCUAUAAUUGCAACUGUAAUAAUAUGACACAUACAUAAUAAAUGUUGUUUCAUGGUCCAUCUUAAAAGUCAACCGUCUGCCAACAACCCAAACUCUAACACAAAACUGUUCACAUCGCAGUCCAUGACAAAAAAUUUUAAGUGCAGUGGUAGCCAACAGUCCGGUACAGAGUCCCUCUCUACAGCCUCAGUGAGGACCGACACAAGUGACGGUUCCCACCCUCUGAAUCCCUUCCACCCCGUCUUUCCCUCUAUAUUGCUACCUCACUGACUUAAGGCCUGAGCAGCUGAUGUUGUGCAGUCGGUGAUCCAGAUUCCUGACACAACACAAGCUUCCAUGAGUUAGGACAUACUGUACUACAUACCUGUCAGUAUUCUAGAGAGAACAUAACACACCUUGACAGAUUUGAUUCCAGGGUUCUCCCCAUAUGAAUUACGAACCGAUUGUAUGCCUUGAGGUGUCAUAGAUGUAAAAAAAAAAAUAAUAAUAAUAAUCCAAAAGGAAAUUUGGUACACUGCUGAUCUGAGAGCAAAACUUCACUCACUGGGUCAAUUAAUGCCUCUUUUCCACCGGAAAGAACCGGGUGCUGGUUCAGAGCUAGCGCUAGUGCUGGUUCAAAGUUGGUUCCACUGGUGAACCUUCUAAGAACCGGUUCGCCUUUCCACCGGCUAGA